ACAUCACCACCUUUGUCGUUAUUCAGCAGCUGCUCUCAAAUUGGAAAGUCCCUCUCAAGCGGACAGCUUUCAGACAGGGAAAAUGCACCUUCCUCUGCCACUUACAACAAGGGACUUGGAUAUUUUCUUCUCUUGGUCGGCUUAGUAGAUUUAAAAUACUGUCAAAGUUUUUUAUUUUCUGUAUCUUGCGUAUAAACAUUCUCGUUCGGAGUCGAAGCUGGUGUUAGCUGGCUAGCUUUUUGUGCGGCUAGCUGCUAGCUGAAGGAUGUUUUGUUGUUGAACAGGCAGCCCUCCCAUCGUCUGGGAGAGGAUAUUUCUCAGCUGUGAAUGGGAAAAACGCCCCGUUGACGCUUGUGCUGACCUUCUCUGUUAAAGUGAGCCGUGAAAUACACCGACACAGACAGGGGGUGGGGGGUCCAGUUUGACAGAAGAGGAAGGAGAUGGGAAAUUGUUUGAAAUCUCCGACCUCGGAUGAUAUAUCUUUGCUACAUGAAUCCCAGUCGGACCGAGCCAGUUAUGGAGACGGUGUUGACCUGGAUCAGGAGCCACCGCCCCCUUAUCAGGAGCAGAUCCACGUGCCUGUCUACCACCCAACACCCAGCCAGGCCCGACUGGCCACUCAGCUGACUGAAGAGGAGCAGGUCCGCAUCGCUCAACGCAUCGGACUCAUCCAGCACCUCCCGAAGGGUGUGUACGACCCAGGCCGCGAUGGCUCUGAAAAGAAGAUCAGAGAGUGUGUCAUCUGCAUGAUGGACUUUGUUUAUGGAGACCCCAUCCGGUUCCUGCCCUGCAUGCACAUCUACCACAUGGACUGUAUAGACGACUGGCUGAUGAGAUCCUUCACUUGCCCCUCCUGCAUGGAGCCUGUGGACGCAGCACUGCUCUCCUCCUACGAGACCAACUGAUCCGCCUCCUGGAUCACGCUGGAACAGCAAAACCUACCCACACAUCAUAUAACCUAAACCUCCUCACUGCUAACUUAUAUCCUGGAUUAGUAAGAUUAUGAAGUUUAGAUCAUGAUUUGAGGAGGGUUAAAAAUUUUGGCUCAAUUCUGUUUCUGUGCUGAUAUAUGUACUUAAAUGUGAAGGCAUAUAAAUGACUCUGUGUUUGUGCAACAUUUCCUCAGUUAGCCUGCUGGACAGGACUGUAUCUGAGAAAGGACUGAAGGAGUAAAGACAGUAGGGCAGACAGCUGGUGUGAAGGUAGGAAUCGGAGAAGAGAACUGAAGGAUGCCAGAGCAAAUGUCAUGAUUAAGAAGACUUUAAACAUAUAAUGUGUGCACGUACACAAACACACACGCACACAUGCACAAUUCCGUCAUUGACCUCCAGGCUCAGAAAUGUGUCCACCAGAAGUGACGAGACAUCUGACCUUCCUCACUGGGCUGCAUAUUAUGUCUCAUGGACUCCUGGUAACUGAUAGAGAUCAUAAUAAAAGCUAAAAGAGAUGAUCUCCAGAAGAUAUGAGAACUGCAGAGUCACAUUGUCUGAGAAACUGUCUCUGAUGCAAAGCGGACUGCAGGUGGGAUCAUUUGAGAUGGACGUCCAACUUAAGACUACUGCUGUUUAGUUCUGAGAUACCACAGGCCUCCACUAGUCGUCUUCAGCACACAGGCCUAGUUCUGUUUAUCUGUACAGAUCCUUUCUGUCAAACAUGACUGGUUGGCGGCUUGAUUGACUGUCCUGUGGUUUCGUGAAGUGUUUUUGUUUUCCAACUUAAAGGGCUUUGUUGAAUCUGUGUUCACCAAGAGUGUGGACAUAACAAAAGGACAUGCAGUGUAUGUUCUUUAUUUACUAAUGUGAUGGAUUGCUGGUAAAACUGUCCUGUCUAAAGUUUGUAUUCAUCCCUCAGACUAUUAGCGAAAGCACAAAUCAACAGCUUUUUUUUUUUUUUUUUUUUUUUGCACAGUCUAGUCAGAUUAGAACAAUAGAAUCAACAUUUUUACAAUGAGAUCAACAAUAUCUGCUAUAUGAAAAUCCCCAUAAGAGUUGUUGCAUCUAUAAACUGGCAGCAAAUACAAGAGAAAAUGUUUUGAGGCCUCAUCAAAACAAAGACAAAAGAUGUUUAGUAGUUUGCAUUUAGGACCAGUUGUCUUUUAUUUAAUCAUAUUUCUGUUUAAAUUUAAUUUUCCUAUGUGGCACAAAGAGGCCUCAAUUUUAUUGAUCUGCUACAUUUUUACAUUUACAUUCUCAAUGUCCCCCAGUUUACCUGAAAGAGCACAAAAAAAAUUAAAUGACUUUGUUAUAUUCUCCUUCUGCCCUACUUGUAUAACUUAGAUCAUGUUUUAAAUAAGAAAACAAGUAAGCGCUCAUUGAGAGUUAAAAAUUAUGUGCAACAGGUUUUAAGGAUUCCCAUCCCAAGUAUUUUUGGAAACCUUCAUAGAAAGCUGAUCAGCCAUCUGUACUUUUGUUUUUUGCACACUACCUUAUAUCUUUGUUGUACAUAUUGUCCUCCAUCCGCUAGGUGGAGCUUCUUGGCCUUAUACUUUACACAUGUGAGAGAGACUUCUGCGUGGUGUUUUCAUUCUUCUUUUGGAAAUAAUGUGGCAACAAAGUGCCCUCUACUUCAGUUUUAGUGCAGCUGAACUGACAAAAUUAGAGAUUUUCCAGCAACUUUAUCUCAAGUUUUGGCCCCGGAUAGGAGUCUGUAUACAGACUGAAACAUUUCCUUUGUCUCCACAUCUUUGCACAAGAUGUUGCUUAAUCACAAAAUGGAGUACUGUUGGACUCUGACUCAUUAUUUUGGUGAUCUGUUUAUUGAAAUUUGACCCAACUCGCCUGACUGAGUGUUUUUAAGGUGGUUCCUUUUUAAUUUCUUAAGAACAAAAUGACAAGGUGUUCUCACAUGUGGAUGGAGUAUGUAUGUGUUUGUGAAUGCUUGUAAUAACUUUUCUUGUAAGAUUAAAUAUGCAUAUGCUCUGUAUUAAAAGCAAAUAAAAAUGCAAAGCACAA